AUGGCAGGCGCUGGUGAGCGCAAAAGCAAGAAGGAUGAUAAUGGCAUCGGGACGGCCAUUGAUUUUGUGCUCUCCAAUGCUCGGCUGGUGCUGGGGGUGGGUGGAGCAGCCAUGCUGGGCAUUGCUACACUGGCGGUUAAGCGGAUGUAUGAUAGGGCAAUCAGUGCCCCUACCAGCCCCACCCGCCUGAGCCAUUCAGGGAAAAGGAGCUGGGAAGAACCAAACUGGAUGGGCUCCCCCCGAUUGCUCAACAAGGACAUGAAGACAGGCCUGAGCAGGUCCCUACAGGCCCUUCCCACAGGCUCCUCGGCCUUUGACACAGAUACAUUCUGCCCGCCCCGGCCCAAGCCAUUGGCCAGGAAGGGCCAGGUAGACUUGAAGAAGUCACGACUCCGCAUGUCCCUGCAGGAGAAACUUCUUACUUACUACCGGAACCGGGCGGCCAUCCCUGCUGGCGAGCAGGCUCGGGCCAAGCAAGCUGCCGUGGACAUAUGUGCCGAGCUCCGGAGCUUCCUGCGGGCCAAGUUGCCUGACAUGCCACUUCGGGACAUGUACCUGAGUGGCAGCCUCUAUGAUGACCUGCAGGUGGUGACAGCCGACCACAUCCAACUCAUCGUGCCCCUUGUGCUGGAGCAGAACCUGUGGUCGUGUAUCCCCGGAGAGGACACCAUCAUGAACGUCCCCGGCUUCUUCCUGGUUCGCCGGGAGAACCCAGAGUACUUUCCUCGUGGUAGUAGUUACUGGGACCGCUGUGUAGUAGGGGGCUACCUCUCUCCAAAGACAGUGGCAGACACGUUCGAAAAGGUGGUGGCUGGCUCCAUCAACUGGCCGGCCAUCGGGUCCCUCUUGGACUAUGUGAUUCGACCGGCCCCACCCCCGGAGGCUCUGACUCUGGAAGUGCAGUAUGAGCGCGACAGGCAUCUCGUCAUUGACUUCCUGCCGUCGGUGACCCUUGGUGACACUGUCUUGGUGGCCAAACCACACCGGCUAGCCCAGUAUGACAACCUGUGGCGGCUGAGCCUGCGUCCUGCCGAGACGGCGCGCUUGCGGGCUCUGGACCAGGCCGACUCUGGCUGCCGCUCUCUGUGCCUCAAGAUCCUCAAGGCCGUGUGCAAGUCCACCCCGGCCCUGGGUCACCUCACUGCCAGCCAGCUCACCAACGUCAUCCUCCACGCGGCCCGGGAGGAGGCUGACUGGUCUCCCGAUGUGCUGGCUGACCGAUUCCUGCAGGCCUUGCGGGGACUCAUCAGCUACUUGGAGGCCGGAGUUCUGCCCAGUGCCCUAAACCCCAAGGACAAGGCCUUCAAGGACACAGUCUUAGUGCUAGAGGUUCAGCUAGACAGGCGGCUGAAUGUCAGUGACCAUGUUUCUCCCACGUCAGGCCCUGCCUUUCUAGGAUGUUGCCUUAGAGGAAGAACGGGCCCAGCAGCCAGCCCUCCGCUCCCCAGUGUCUGUCACAGGAACGUGAUGGGGGUGUUUGCUGAGCUCUCCAGGCACCUCCAGAGGCCAGAGGGCAGGCACAUAUGCACAGACCUCUUCCCCCUGUCCUGUCUCUCACCCAGCACCUGGGAAACCGGUGCUACCUAGGAAGAGAGCGUAUGGCUAAAACACAUCUGAGAGGGAGGUGGGUACUUGCCACGUUCCUUCUUGUUUCCCGCUGCUAGAAUUGCACUAUUUAUUGCAAUGUAAAAAGUAUCCUGAGAGUGGGGAGGAAAGUUUAAUAUACAAUGUCAGUGCAUCUUCUUGUUCUGUGUUUAUUUUUUCCUGUUUGUGCCAAGAGGCUGAUGAUAAUUCUGUUUCUGAUCUGCCCAUCCAGUAUUUUGUUCUCCUCCCAUCAAAUCCUAUUAUUAUUUUUAUUCUUACUACCUCUCCAUCAGUGAGAUUCUGGUGAAGCUCUCUGCAGCUGUCUCAUUCCUUCCCAAUGACCGCGACAUGAAAUGACUCUUUAAAUAGCAUUGAAACCUUAGCUUCCCUUUGAAUUUAAGGUAGAGCUUCUUGUCCCCUUUUUUGUCCUGGAUUAGGAGGUUGAGAACUAGGGUUAACCUUGGCUAUAUUUGGAGACUCUUCCUGCCUCUUCUCUCAUAUACAUGCGAAGCUUCCCUAAAAUGGUUCAGUUGUUUCAUUUGUAUGAAGACAUUGAGAGAGAAUGAAAAAUAGAAAGCCCAGAGCCCUGAGAGAGUCUCCAUCCUGGCUGUUCAUCACAAUCAACUUGGAGUUUAUGAAACACUCCAUAUGCCUGAGUGCUACCCUGGGGGAUUGGUGUAGAGGAUGUCCACAGAGGGUGGAGCCUGGCACUGACGGUUCCAUUGCGCCCAUUUGGUGUCACUGGAAGGAAGGGAGAGGGGAGGGCUGAAUGUGUUGGAAAAGCAUGGGUUUGUCUUCAUUCAGAUAAAGGAUUUGGUUUUCCCAAUGUGAAUAUUAUAAAACCUAUAAUUUUCCCAAGCUGGAGUCUGACCAAAUUCCAUAUAAAACAUUGGAAGGAGAGCUCAAAAAAGAAAAGAUUUUAAAGAUCAAAUCCCAAAUUAUCAAAGCCAAGUGUAAUGGUGAUUUGAGUUUAUCUCCUCUUAAAGAGCAUCUUUCUAAGGGCAGCUUUGUCUCUUACCUAUGUUUCACAAAACCAAAAACCAUAACUGCCAUUUCACAAGCAAGAACCUCUUAGAAGUCCUCAGAACUAGAAGCGGUGGGAAUCCUUGGCUCAGGUCCUGGUGGGUUUGCUGACUGAGAUGGGGCAAGUCUCAUCGUAAUACCUGGACGACAGUCCAGUGCUUUGAGAUUCUUGGUUAGAGGAGGGGAAUACCCCCCACCCCAACACACACACACAUUUUUUUUUUUUUUUAAUCUUUGGGGAAAUAUGUAGGGCCUUUUCCUGCUUUUCUGCCUUUCUACUCAGUAACUCCCACGUUUGCCUGAAGUAACAGCAUCUGCUCCUACUUCUCCAUCUGGAAGUUUUUUUGCACCAUCUAGGUUAGCAAAGCACAUAGUUAGCCUAAUGCUUGAAGAAAGACUCAUCAUCUUGAAAACCCAAUCCAUUCCAAAGUGUAUUUUGCUUUUCCCUGUUGCCCCUUCCUAAAACGUGAGUUCAGGACAACAGUAUUUUUCUUUAUAUGCUUGGUUGUGACUUUUUUUUUCAAAUAAAAAAAUAAUUGAAGCUCAUGUUUGGAAAAA